CUCUUUCCUUGUCACAGAAACACCUCCUCUCCUAUCUCACUCUGCUCGUUUCGGCACAAGAACCGGAGAGUCGUUCUUGAACACACGAUUUCGUCCACGACGUUACAUGAAAAGAAAGACAAGGAAGGGAAACCAAGGAAGGGUUUUUGAGGGUGCAAAUCGACCAAUGUUUUUGGAAAUAAGACUUAGACUCACCCAUAUUUAAUUUCCCAGUGGGUGCAUUGGCCUGAAUUAUACAACACAAUGGAUCUCUCAUUUAUGGCUGCGCAGAUCCCGGUCAUGACGGGUGCCUUCAUGGACUCACCAAACGACGACUACAGCGGCGACCAUUCGCUCUUCAACUCGUCAGCCAGUGUGCACGCCGCUGCCAUCACGUUACAAGGCCAGCAGGACGAGCCGCAGUCCAUGUCCAGAGACGCCAUAUGGCUCUGGAUCGCCAUCAUCGCCACCAUCGGGAAUAUCGUGGUUGUAGGCGUUGUGUACGCUUUCACUUUCUGAUUGUCUCCUGCCAUGGGUUGCCUUUGACUUCAGACACUGGAGGAUGCCACAAACGCUUUGCUAACGAAAAAGGUCCAGCAAAACACAGGGAUUCAGAGUGACAACAAUAAAUUGCAUGGUCUAUUUGCUAUCAGCUAUUUUGGUUCUACAUAUUUAUUCAUAUAGCGUUCAUUAUCUCUCUCCGUCCGGUCCAUGUCUUCAUACUUUAUCCAAUAUUGUUAAAGACAUCUAGGGAUUUUUGUUUAUUUUCCUGUUUUAAUUGAUAGAAAUUAGAUGCAGCUGAAGAUCUACUGGUAGUGUGGACCAACCAAUCAUUUCCAGACAUGAGAGCAGGAAUGAAGGGGUGUUUACCUGCUUGGGAAAAGUGCAAUGUGCGGGUUGUAAAAAAGCAAAUAUGAAGUCUGGUAUACUUGGUAAUUAGCCAUGUGAUAUAUAUCAAAUACUCAAACUUACUGCCAAAGGGAGGUAAUAUGUAAUGUUAUUACAGGUGUAUAGUUGUUCAGUUUAUAAAAUGUAAAUAAUAAAACAACUACAGAUAUAGAACAGCUUUAAAUGUACAGUAGUCCACUCUGAAGUCAAAGUUUUUAAAUUUUGUCCUAUUCGCUAUCCUGUAUCAUCUGUUUCUUAUGAUAUGGAGCCAGCAUUGAUAACAAAAAAAAAAGACAAUCAUUGACUGCACACUAUUCAAUGUACAAAUGUGUUUCUUUAAUGCCAUAAUAUAAUUGGCGGUUUCCUUUUCAGUGUACGUGUCUUUUUUAUAUAGUAUGUUGUAUUUCAUUUAUUUGAGUUUAUUUCCAGCUGUCUUGCUCAAAAACUACCCAAUGAAAAGUGAAUGUGUUUUUAGCUCCAUAAAAUAAUUGCUGCUAUAUCAUUGUUUUUAGAGGAACCUAUGAAGGCAGCAGGUGUCUGACUGCCCGUCAGUUGACAAUCGACCCUGAUUCAUGGCUACAUUAAGUAUGAUUCAUUCGUUGGAACUUAAAUUGCAAUAUCCCAAGCAUUGUGUUCUUUGUCAAAAUAUGAAUUAUUUUUUUUAAGUGCUUUAAAAAUAAUUUGCGUACUAAUUUCUUUAUCCUUGAAUUGGUUUUAUUUAAUGCCAACUUUAAACCUUAAACUUUACUUUCAGUUCCAUAUUUUUAUUCAGCCCUGUAUGCCAGAAUGAAUCUUGAACAAUUUUGAAAUGUAAUUCAGUAUCACAAUUAUUUUUAUGUGUAAGUCUUGUACAUCUGAGACACAAGCAGGCAGUCUUAUGUUGUUGCUAUAUAUACUGUAGAUUUGAAAUCUGUUUACACUAGUAAAACUAGACUAACUAACUGUAUAAAUUAGUUCUUGGAAGGAAACUGGUGAAUCCUUGUUUGUAUCGUGUGGUGUUUCGAUUGGCAUCACUUCACAGUAAUGCUUUAUUUUGUUAAAAAAGAGGAAACAAUGUUGGUUAGAUGUUUAUUUUACAUGUGAUAUCUGUAUACGUUUAUAAGACAAUAAUUCUGGGGUUAUAAUAAAGUACUACAUAGUUCAGUA